AUGGAAAUUUCUUAUCUGUGUUUUAUACACAAUAAAACAUAUCAAAUAUUCUACAAAAGUAAUGUAACGGAAGAAGAGUUAACUGAUGACAAAGACCUUAAUGAUAAUAAUUCAGAUGAUUUGACAGGCAGUGAGUCAAGUGCUGACUAUUCACUGACUACCGAUAAUAACGGUAAUACUAAUAAUGCGACUCAAGAGGAACCGUUGACUUUAGAGACAAACCUAUUGAAAAGUGAGAGUCAAUCGGGAAAUGAUAAGGGAAUGGACUAUAAGAGAGUCAAAUACAAUAAAGACAGGUCUUCUCAGGCGAAAGAGUCAGUCAAUGUAAACAAGAAUAAGAAAAUUGAUUCACACGACAAACGGGCCAACAAUGAGAGGGCUCUUAAGGAAAGGACUGUAAUUGAGUUCUUUGAACGCGAGCAAAUAUUGGACUCGGCCUACAAUAAAGAUAAAUUAGGUGUGGAUAAGGGUGCAGAUGAUGGGGGCAAUUACGGUGAACACACUUCAGGUUCAAUGACCAAUACAGUGAUAGCACCGGACGGAACAGUGAGCCCAAGCGGAACACUGACUGUUGCCGAUCCUCAUCAGUACUCAGACAGUCAGCAAACUCAUGCCACUAAUGGACACACAUUUGAUACAGUUUUCCCAGAAAGUGAUCGCAAAUACAAACAUAAAGAUAACGCUCAUAAAUAUAAGGGUUGGAAGGAAAGGGGGUAUAAGAUCAUCACUGAAACUGAGUUUGUCGAUCGCGGACGUAAAGUGGACACCACAUACAAGACACACACCAAUGGAUCCAAAUCACACACUAAAAUGCAUAGCGCAGGGGAUGUCACUAAAGGUGAUACCAGACAAUACCAUCAAAAUAUUAAAAACAUUGACAAUCAUUACGAUCCACUUUAUGGCAAUAGGAUUCAGACAUCGCCUAUAAGCAAUGAAGAGGACAAACAGGGAWUGGCUAACAAUAAGAAUAGGAAUACCAUAUUAUUCUCCGCCGAUAACUAUAAUAAAUAUUUCAAUAAUGGCAUUAAGUCUGGAGAAAGUCAACAACAAUUUAAUGUACAAAAACCCACUUUUCAUACUAAAGAAAACAUAUCAUCAGAGCAGACAUGGCGUAAACCAUCGAUUGUAAGAGAUAUAAAAGUAAGUUCUUCAAUGACUACAGGCUUUCGUAUGCCAAACAUUGACACAAAAAGCAAGUGGAGACCCAUCACUACAACUGAUGAUCAUUGGCUGCACAAUAAUCAAGCAUUUUAUGGAAAAAACACUAAAACUAACAAUAAUUUCAAAGAAAAUAGUUAUGAAAAUCAGAAUUUAAUGCAAAAGAUCGAGAAUGCAGUGAAUGCAGACAUUGAGAGUAAUAACAAUAAAAUGAUGGAAACGAUUGAUUCCUCAACAUAUGGUAAUGAUGUUAAUCCUUAUUCAUUGCCAUUAAUAUCAGAAGUCAUUCCCUAUGACUCGGAUGAGUCACCCAAUAAUGUCCGAAAUGUGGCCACAAGUGAUAUACAGAGAAUUAAGAGUAAUCCACAAUAUUAUCAAAAUCAACAGUACUUUUAUSAGUCCAUUCCUAAAGAGAAGACACAAAAUCUUGAUAUUAAUGAUAACCAAAAUUAUGAUUUCAAUUUAGAUGUUAGCAAAACAAAUAAUAAUGAUAAUAAUGACCACAAAAUCACUAAUUACAUCAAUACUUCAUUUGCUAUCCCAACUAAUGAGUCAAAAGAGAUUAAUUUUUAUGAUCGAUAUUAUCCAAACCAAACAUAUGUUAAGCCAAUUAAUAAUGAUUAUAGUAGUGAACAACAAAUUGCAUCUCAAUAUAAAACAGCGUAUGAUAUGAGAGAAACAGUUGAGGAGCCGAUUCCUACACUACCUAUACCUACAAAUAAUCCAUAUUUUCACUAUCAUAUUAAAUAUCCAACUGGUCUUGAAAAUAGUGAUACCGUUGAAAAAUAUAUUAAAACUGGAUUCAAUGGCCGACCUAUUAUUGCAUUGACAAGUAUUGCUGAUAAACAAGUGUCAAACAAAGUGAACAAAUUAGAGACCAGUGGUAAUACAAUAGAAGAGUCAAUGACUAAACCUUUUAAAAGAGAGCCUAAAAGUAAAGUUAAGUCAAAGACAACAAACAUAAAAAAGAGACCUAAAGUUUAUCCAUCAUUUGUUGCCAAACCAUUGAUGCCACCAAUAAUUGAUGGCUUAUAUUUGAGUUCAACUCCAAUGCAAACAAUGUUCAAUCCCUAUGGAGUUCGCACUACAGCUCUUCCACCGGUAACUCAAUUACCUGUUCAAGUGAUGGACACACACUUUGCUACAUCUAAUGAACGUCCGGUUGCGAUAUUACAUCCAAAUAAAGUAAAUUAUAUUUAA